AUGUUUGCUGCGCGCACUGCUCAGCUGUACGGAACUUGUCUCGUUCCCAAAAGCGAAGAAGAGGUGAAGAAGCAGGACACCACUUUGUUGUUGCAUCUUUUCGGUCACAGUGGAAGUGGCAAAUUGUCAUUCAACGAGUUCAGAAAAUUUUACCAGAACCUGCAAGAGGAAAUUAUGGAAAUUGAGUUCCAUGAGUUCGCACGUGGCAAAUCGACCAUCUCUCCAAUGGAUUUCGCUCGCCUUAUCCUAAGGUAUACUAUUGUUAACAAGGACGACUAUCACAAAUACAUUCAUCGCGUAAAAGAACGCACAAGUCCUGAUGACAAGGGUGUCACUCUCAGUCAGUGGGCUAGCUUCUCACUCUUCUUGAACGAUCUCGAAGAGUUCAGCACGGCAGUUCGACUGUACGCGAAUGCGAACAUGCCAGUUUCACCUCCGGAAUUUGCAAGGGCUGUUCAAACCACCAUUCGGUAA